UCGUAGUCCUGGAUGCACCUUCUUUUUUUACUAUGAUUGUAUUAUUCACAAUCUUAUCAGUGACAAACAAUGCAAUGUGCUUACAGCAUAUUACAAGGAUGUCCCGGAUUUUUAGAACGCAUGCGAUUUUAUAAUUUUGCGUUACAUCACAUUAUGUUCUGCAUGAGAUUUCCAUAAGUGGAGGAUUAUGACAGACAUAGCAUAGAAAAGAUUGAUUUAAGUUCAAGAAAAUUAAUUUAACACAAUGGAGAUUCAGACGUUCACAUUCUUUGAUUUGGAGACAACUGGUCUGAUUCAAGGAAAAGUCAUGCCAAAAAUUACAGAAAUUGCUUUAGUCGCCGUUAAGAGAGAAUCGAUAUAUAAUUGCAGCAAAAAUUCUCUACCCAGGAUCUUGCAUAAACUGGUACUUCCAAUUAAUCCACAAAAAAUCAUACCACCACGUGUAGAGGACAUGACAAAGUUAUAUAAUGAGGAUGUGCAAUUACUGCAGCCUUUUGAAUGCGGAAUUUAUGAAUUAAUAAUGUACUUUCUGCAGCGUUUAACGCCACCAAUUUGUUUUGUUGCACACAAUGGCAAUAGAUUCGAUUAUCCGAUAUUCUUAUGGGAACUGGAAUGUAUUAAUAAGAUUUUUGACGACAGAAUUCUCUGCAUCGACACAUGGCCGAUGUUUCAAGAAUUCUUCGAUAAACGCGAUGCAGAACCGAAGGUAAUUCAGGAUUUGUUGAACGACGAGUUCAAUGACUCGCUCUCCACGUUGGAUGUAGACGUGCCGAUGAGAAAGGAAAGAAUCAACGUCCUUGUCAAGACGAUGCCUACUUUGCAAGCAAUACCUUCCUCUAACGAUAGAUAUACCGCACUUGCGAACAAUGAGUGGCACGACAUAAAGGAGGAGUACAGUAAUGUUCCAUCACCAAACUCAAGACGCGAGGUCAAUGAAAAAACACCAGUGAAUCAAUUAAUCAGGCCACAGGAUGCCUCGAGUACCGUAAUCAAGCGAUUCAAGAAGAAUCCGAGAAAAAAAUUAAAUUUUGGAUAUGAAAGACCAUUUGAUAUGAAGCUAAACUCUAUUCAUAACUACAUGUUUGGUGUGAAUUCACCGCAACAGCACUCAGCCGAAGCCGACUGCCUUGCCAUGCUACGCUGUGUCACCAAUAUUGCCGGCUUCUUUGUUGAAUGGUCGGAUAAUAAUGCAAUUCCAUUGGUUUAUUGCAAAAAAAAAGUAUAAUGUGAUAAACGUUAUAUAAAUUGAUAAAAAAACUGAUGAGCAAAAUAGGAUAAUAUGAAAUAUAAAAUGAGUAUGCAUGGUUGUUGCGAAUUACAAUGUAAUGUAAAAUUAUCGAGAUUCCUUUUGACAAAUUUAUAAUAUUGGAAUCUGUUGUUAAAGGUCUAUUUUUAAAAGAAAAAAAAGAACAAACAAAAAAAGGCUGUUUUAUGGAAAUACUUGUAUUAGGGAAAUUGUUAAAAAAUGACUGAGCUAUGUUAAGCUGUUUAAGCUUAUUUUAAUUGCUUAUGCUGUUAAAGCACAAGAAAUAUUUUAAUCACUAUAUAGUAUUUUGUGAAGUACCUUUUAAGAAUGUUUUAAUUAACAAUAAUAAUAGUUGCUGUAAUCUUAUUAACAACUUGAUAUUACAAUCGUAACAAACAGUUUUUCUAUGUACUUAUUUUUGUAGCAUGUAAAUUUGUGUUCUGCAUUUUGCACAUUAGUCUACAGGCAAAGAUGUAAUUGUGUAACAUGUUAUUUUUUAAUUUAUGUAACCAACUAACUUUAUUAUAAUAACUGAAAAUUAAAGUAUAACACUGCAAUAUUAGUUUUUAUAUUGUGAUAAAUAAAUAGUAAGAUCAAGUACAAUUUUUAAGUACUUGGUUUUGUUUAUAGCUA